UUUUGAUGCCGAUCAGCACUGAGAAGCUGGUGAGACAGUAUCAAAGACAUGUCUUAUUCUGGUGUGUGAUCCAAGAGGAGACAACAUGUGGACAGACAGACAUCAACAAAGCACUGCAAAUCUCAGGUUCUCAGAGAAGACAGCUGUGUGGUCAGCUAUGAAGAACAUGGUGUUGAUUCUGUGGAUUAUGUCUGUUAGCACAGUUCAAAAUACAUUUGCAUCGGACAUGCAGAGAACCAUCCAGGACCUCUCAUUUCAAAACUUGACAUCAGUGCCCAAGGGAUUAUCUCCCUCCAUUGAGGCUCUAGAUCUCUCCCACAACAGAAUACAACGCCUUACCUAUGAUGAUUUCUCAACAAUGUCAAAUCUGAGAUUCCUUAAUGUGUCUUGGAACAUCGUCAAAGAGAUAAAUCCCGAUACGUUCAGAUCGACAUCAUACCUGGAGUACCUUGACCUUUCGCACAACAAGCUUCAGAACCUGCAGCAACAGGAUUACCUGCUCUUCACGCCCAAACUGCAGUUCCUGGACUUGACGUUCAAUAACUUUUCCACGAUGACUCUUGGAGAGAUGUUCAAUUCCCUAAAAGAGUUGCAGAACAUGGGGCUCAGUGCCGAAGUGGUAAAGAGUAAAGACUUUGGGAGUAUUGCUGACAUUCAUCUCCAGAACAUGUUCCUACAGUUGGAAAACCUCACCACGUAUGAAAGCAACAGCUUGCGAAACAUCUUGUCGAAGAAACUGGGCAUCGUUCUGUCAAACCGUCCAACAGACGAAGCACUGAUCACUGAUGCUCUGUCUGCUUUUGAUAAAGUGGACCUAGUGGGCCUCAACGGUAGCCAAACCUACCUUUCAACAUUUCUGAGACAAAGUAAGAGCAUCAGAACUUCACAUCUUUACCUGACUAACAUUGAGAUGACUUGGCCUGUGGCUGUUGACCUGCUCAAUAUCGUUCGCCAGUCAACCAUUAAACAUCUCAGCAUAUAUAUGAUAACCAUUACAGGGCAAAUCACUCCACAGAAGUUAAACCCAGAGUCUCACCUGCAGUCUUUUAGCAUUAAAGGGGUCACAAUUACUAAUUUCUUUUUCUUCCAAGGUAACAUUUAUGAUUUCUUCAUCAAUAUGAGGGUUGAGCGUUUGACCCUUGCAGAGACGUCAUUGAUACAAAUGACCUGUCCAAAUGCACCAAGCCCUAUAAAAUUCAUGGACUUCUCCGACAAUGCCUUUUCUGACAGUAUUUUUUCCGUUGGUGGGACAGAAUGUGUUAGUCUACAGAACCUUAACACUUUGAUUUUAAAAGGGAACCGUGUGCAGAACCUAAUGGAGCUAAGCAGACGGCUACAGUACAUGACCUCACUGCAACACCUGGACGUCAGCUUCAACUCUCUGUUUUACUCGGAUACACUUGGGAAUUGCCACUGGCCUUCCAGCAUAGUACACUUGAAUCUGUCCUCCAACAGCCUUGGCAAAUCUGUCUUCAGCUGCCUCCCUCUCAACAUAGAGACUCUGGACAUGCAUAACAAUCAAAUCGAAGCCCUCCCAGACAGACUCUUCCAUCUGGACAUGCUGACAUACCUGGACCUCAGCUCCAAUCAGCUCCUGGACGUCCCUAGCUGCCGUGGUUUCACAAACCUGGCAGUGUUCCUUCUGAGAGACAACUCCCUCCACACCCCGUCCAUGCGCUUCGUGGCCAGCUGCCCGAGGCUGAGGGAGAUGGACGUUCGCGGGAACCCGUUCAUGUGCACCUGUGGCCUGAGGGAGUUUGCGGCCCUGCAGCAGCGCCACCCCAUUAAACUUCUCCACUGGCCGCGGGCCUACAGCUGCAAAUAUCCCGAGGCCUGGAGGGACAAGCUGCUCAGGGACUUCCGCCUGCCCGCCAUAUCCUGCAGCGCUGGAUUUCUGGCGGCCGCCAUCCUCUGCCCGGCCGUUGCCGUCGCCGUGGCCACCCUGGUCCUGUGCAAGAGGCUGGACGUGCCCUGGUACCUCCGAAUGACCUGGCAGUGGACGCGUGCCAAACGUCGGACGAGGCGCCGGGAGGACCUGGAGGGCGUCCACUUCCACGCCUUCGUGUCGUACAGCCAGCAGGACGCUGACUGGGUGAAUGGCCGCCUCCUGCCAGGCCUGGAGGAGGGCGGGGCGCUGCGCAUCUGCCACCACGAGAGGAACUUCGUCCCGGGGAAGACCAUCGUGGAGAACAUCGUCCGCUGCGUGGAGAGGAGCUACCGCUGCAUCUUCGUGCUCUCCUCGCACUUCGUCCGCAGCAGCUGGUGCCACUACGAGCUCUACUUCGCCCAGCACCAGCGCCUGUCCCGCGGCUCCGACAGCGUCAUCCUCGUCCUCCGCGAGCCCCUGCCCCAGUACCUCAUCCCCUCCAAGUUCUACCAGCUGAAGGCCAUGAUGGCUCGGCGCACCUACCUGGAGUGGCCGCAGGACCCCAACAAGCAAAGGCUGUUCUGGGCCCACCUGCGGGCUGCCCUUCAGGCCCCCCUGCCCCCUGCGCCUCUCGACCAAGACCAGCAACCUCUGAUAGCGGGGGACUUGUGAUAGAUUAGCCGAUCUCAAGACCUCUAGAUUUUUCUGCUUCAAGAUGUAACAGACGAUAAUCAUCGCUGCUGUACAGAAAUGUUCUCUGCAUGUAGAAACCGACUGAGGUCAGGCUUCCAUUUUCAGUCCAACAUCUCAUCUCAUCAACUGAGGUUCAUAGAAGUCAAACAAUCUUUUGGAGCUACAAGUGAAAUCGAGGAGCUACAAGUGAAAUCGAAGCGGACUUGACCUCAAGGCCUCUUAAACAAUAUGGCUGCCUCAUCACCCAUUCUCUGUUGGUAGACUCUACCUGUUGGAAGCAUUGGUAGACUUUUCUUCCCUGCUCUAAAGUUUCCUAUGUGUUUCCUGAUUCCCAAAUGGGUGGAGCCACCAUGUGUCAGGUGUCAAUCCCUUAUUAGGACAAUUCGACAUAUUUUACUAUGGAGGGCAAUGUUUUCAUUGGUAACUCCAUCCAUGACAAGCUAAUGAAGCUUCACUGUGUCAUCUCUAAGGGACAUGCAUUGUCAGAUAAAUGCCAGAACUGGAGCCACUGAUUCGAACCGCUGUUAUCUUGUUCAAAUGUCAGAAAGUGAACAAAAGAAUCAAUGCUGAUACUCGUUACAGUGUUAUAUUGAGUAUGUUUGAUCUGAACGUUUAGCCUUUGUGUUUUAAUUUCACUCCCUCGCCUCAUACACUUCUCUUUGGUUUGU